GCGGUGCCGGUUCGGUGCCUAAGAUGGCGUCUAUCAUGGAGGGCCCGCUGAGUAAAUGGACCAACGUGAUGAAGGGCUGGCAGUACCGCUGGUUCGUGCUCGACUACAACGCCGGGCUCCUCUCCUACUACACGUCAAAAGAUAAAAUGAUGAGAGGAUCACGCCGAGGAUGUGUCAGGCUCAGAGGAGCUGUGAUUGGUAUAGACGACGAGGACGACAGCACCUUCACAAUAACUGUUGAUCAGAAAACCUUCCAUUUUCAGGCUCGAGAUGCUGAUGAAAGAGAGAAGUGGAUUCAUGCUUUAGAAGACACUAUUCUCCGCCAUACUCUUCAGCUUCAGGGCGUGGAUUCAGGAUUUGUUCCCAGUGUUCAUGAUUUUGAUAAGAAACUUACUGAGGCAGAUGCAUACUUGCAGAUCUUGAUAGAUCAGCUGAAGCUGUUCGAUGAAAAACUUCAGAACUGCAAAGAUGAUGAACAGAGAAAAAAAAUCGAAAGUCUCAAAGAAACAACCAGUAGUAUGGUAGAAUCAAUAAAACACUGCAUUGUGUUGCUACAGAUUGCUAAAGACCAAAAUAAUGAGGAGAAGCACGCAGAUGGACUUAUAAGUACUAUAAAUCCUGUUGACGCAGUGUAUCAGCCUAGUCCUCUGGAACCAUCAGUGAUCAGCACAAUGCCUUCCCAGACUGUCAUACCUCCAGAACCUGCUCAACUGUGCAAAUCAGAGCAGCGACCCUCAUCCUUACCAGUGGGACCUGUGGUAGCAUCACUUGGAAAUCAGACUCCAACACCAAAUAGCACAGGAAGUGGACAGUCAGCACCUAGCAGCAGCCUCACUUCUCCAAGCCACGUCAAUCUCUCUCCAAAUACAGUCCCGGAUUUUUCCUACUCAAGCAGUGAGGAUGAGUUCUAUGAUGCUGACGAAUUCUAUCAGAGCAGUUCUUCCCCAAAGCGCUGUAUAGAUUCUUCAGGGUCUGCCGCCGUUCUGACGCGCAGCAGCACAGGGAGCAGUCUGAAACGCCCGGAUACCACAGAGUCCCUCAAUUCUUCCAUGUCUAACGGGACAAAUGAUGCUGAUCUUUUUGAUCCUCCUGAUGACAGAGAUGAUGAUGGGGAAGGAGAAUCGGUAGAAGAACAUAAGAGUGUUAUUAUGCACCUCUUGUCACAAGUUAGAUUAGGAAUGGAUCUAACCAAGGUGGUUCUUCCAACUUUUAUCCUGGAAAGAAGAUCAUUGUUGGAAAUGUAUGCUGACUUCUUUGCACAUCCGGACUUAUUUGUCAGCAUCAGUGACCAGAAGGAUCCAAAGGAGCGAAUGGUUCAAGUGGUUAAAUGGUACCUCUCAGCUUUUCAUGCAGGAAGAAAGGGAUCGGUUGCUAAAAAGCCUUACAAUCCCAUCUUGGGCGAGAUCUUCCGGUGCCACUGGGUAUUACCAGGCACUGAAGGUGAAGACGAUAUGGAACCAGUUUCAGAAGGACCAAUUCCUUGGGUCAGUAAGAGCAGCGUAACGUUUGUGGCAGAGCAGGUCUCUCAUCAUCCUCCAAUUUCAGCAUUUUAUGCAGAGUGCUUUAACAAGAGGAUACAAUUCAAUGCUCAUAUAUGGACCAAGUCAAAAUUCCUAGGAAUGUCUAUUGGUGUUCAUAAUAUAGGGCAAGGCUGCGUCACAUGCCUAGACUAUGAUGAACACUAUAUUUUGACCUUCCCUAAUGGUUAUGGAAGAUCUAUUCUCACUGUACCAUGGAUUGAACUGGGUGGAGAAUGCAGUAUUAAUUGCUCAAAGACAGGCUAUAAUGCUUCCAUAGUCUUCCACACAAAACCGUUUUAUGGAGGAAAGAAGCACAGAAUUACAGCUGAAAUUUUUUCUCCUAAUGACAAGAAACCCUUCUGCUCCAUUGAAGGAGAAUGGAAUGGUGUCAUGUAUGCAAAAUACACAACAGGGGAGAACUCUGUCUUUAUAGAUACCAAGAAAAUGCCUACGAUUAAGAAGAAGGUAAGGAAACUGGAGGACCAAGAAGAAUAUGAAUCUCGCUGCUUGUGGAAAGAUGUAACCUACAACUUAAAAAUCAGAGACAUUGAUGCAGCUACAGCUGCAAAGCACAGGCUUGAAGAGAGACAAAGAGCUGAAGCCAGAGCCAGAAAGGAGAAUGAGACCUCAUGGGAAACAAGGUUAUUCCACGAAGACGGAGAAUGUUGGGUUUACGACGAGCCACUCUUGAAACGACUUGCUGCCAGUAAACACUGAGCGGCUUGUAAAAACUGCAGACGUUCGAGCCUUGGCUUGGCAGAGUUUACAUCUGAUACCAAGAUAGUCGCCAGUUAUCACGUAUGUAACUUUGGGAAAAGCUGCCCCUCCAAUUACAGUGGUUCCUAUCUCAGGGAUACUGGACUUACUGAUGCAGAUAAGCAUUUAUUUGAAACAGAAAACAUCCUGGCUGUGCAGUAACCUAUAUUGGACUUCGCUAUAAUGGUAGUAUUAUAUUCAGGCUGCUGGAGACCUUUUAUUAAUACUUCUGAAG